AGGGUAAGGAACAUAGCUAGCAGCAAUAGAUAUAUAUAUAUAUAUAUAAGUGAUUUAUAGCUAGAUAUAUAUAGUUGUACGGCUGAGAACGUUUGAUCAGCCAAAGACCAUUUGAUCGAUAUACUAUGGCUCUGUUUCAGUUUUCUGGUAAUUAUAAUUUCAACAGCUUGUCCUCCAUCAUAUCAUAUUCAUACUGCUUGACGAUGGCUUUGUUACUACUUUGCUUCGAAAUGGAGCCCUGUAUGGGCUUCAAGUCAAAGCACCUCAAAUUGACAACCUACGGAACGCACUGGUCCUCUGCUGGAGCCACCUGGUACGGCAGUCCCAACGGUGCCGGAAGCGACGGAGGUUCUUGUGGGUACGGGAACGCAGUGUCCCGGCCACCGUUCUCUUCUAUGGUCACAGGAAUUGGGCCCUCUCUCUACAAAUCUGGCAAGGAAUGUGGAGCCUGUUAUCAGAUCAAAUGUUCCAAAAGUGCACACCCAUCAUGCUCCGGCAAGCCCGUGAGGGUGGUCAUCACUGAUUUCUGCCCAGGCGGCCCCUGCGUAACCGACUCUGCCCACUUCGAUCUCAGUGGAACUGCUUUUGGUGCCAUGGCUGUAGCCGGAGAAGAGGAGAAACUCCGUGACGCGGGAGUUCUAAAAAUCCAAUUCGCACGGGUUGCAUGCGAUUACUCGGGAAAGACGAUAAUGUUCCACGUCGAUCAAGGUUCCAACUCAAACUACUUUGCGGUGGUGAUCGAAUAUGAGGAAGGAGAUGGUGACCUCCUUGGCGUGGCUCUCAAGGAAGCCAAUACCAACAGCUCAGCAGGGCUGGAGGAGUGGCGGGCGAUGCAGCAGUCGUGGGGAGCAGUGUGGAAACUCGAUGCUGGCUCGCAGCUGCAACCUCCUUUCUCUAUUCGGCUGACAUCCCAGUACUCGCAGCAAACCCUAGUAGCUCGGAAUGUAAUUCCCAAGAACUGGAAGCCAGGGGCAACUUACCGGUCGCUAGUGAACUAUCUGUGAAUCCAAGUCUAGCUAGCAGAAUGCUGAGUGGUGGGAGCUAAGGUCGAAGAUAUAUUGCAAGUUUAUGGUCAAAUUAGAACUAUUUAAGUACGUAUGUAUUGGCUUGUGAGUUGCGGUGUCCCUGUAAGGAAGCCAACCCAAGCAAGUACAAGCUGGCAAGAUCACGUAUCCAACAGUUCUACACAUACAAUAACUUCAUUUCAUUUGCAUUA